AUGUCUCUUACAUCUCCCGAGCCAUUCUCAGUCGAGAAACGUGUUGCAAUCGCAGCAGUACGGAGAGCAUGUCUGGUGACUUGCACCGUGUUCAAUCAAUUAGUCCGAGACAAAACGGAUACCCUCAAGAAGGAAGACGAAUCACCAGUGACAGUCGGAGAUUAUGCCGCACAGGCGGUUAUCAAUACUGUCUUGAGGAAUGCAUUCCCCAAAGAUCCUAUCAUCGGCGAGGAGGGUGCAGAUGCCCUCCGGCAAGGAUCAAAUACUAGACUGCGGGAACGAGUGGUUUCCUUGGCUACCAACGCAUUGCAGGAAGAUCUCAUCGACGGGGAGAAAGCGCAAUGGGGUUUAGGUUCUCAUCACGAGCACAGUUCGGAAGCCCUGUUGAAGGCGAUAGACGAAGGAAAUGAUAUGGGUGGUCCGAAUAAACGCAUGUGGACAGUUGACCCUAUUGAUGGAACGAAAGGCUUCUUGCGUGGCGGCCAAUAUGCUGUUUGUUUGUCUCUCAUUGUGAAUAGCCAAGUUGUGCUGGGCGUCAUCGGAUGUCCGAAUUUACAAAUAUACCCUGUAAGCCCUGAUGAAGGGAAGGGUUGUAUCUUUGUUGCGGUCCGAGGGCAAGGCGCCUUUCAGAUCGCCUUGUCUGGCACCGGUGCGAUUAAACUCCCUUACUUUCCUUCAGAGAAGUCAUAUGUCCUGCAAUCGGAAGAGCCGAAGCACACGAAUAUACCGUUGAUUGAACGGGUUUCCGACGAGCUCCACCUCACUAAAUGGGGAAUGGACAGUCAGGCCAAAUAUUGUUGUCUUGCCAGGGGGGAGGGCGCUGUGUAUCUUCGCAUGCCGGCGCCUAUCGUUGGUGGUAAACAGCCUUACGAGGAGCGAAUUUGGGAUCACGCCCCUGGAAGCAUCCUUGUUGAGGAGGCGGGUGGUAAAAUCACAGAUUCUGAGGGCGCUCCGCUUCGGUUUGGACUUGGGAGGGGAAUGGGAGAGAAUCGUGGCUUUGUAGCCACAGUUGAUGAAGAACUCCACGGGCAAGUGGUAUCAGCUAUUAAGCGGGCUCAAUCCACAGGGGAUGCUUAA